GGGAGACUGUGCCGAAAAAGAUCUGUGCGUGCGGGGAGCGGGGGAAAUACGUGGUCGUGUUGUCAAAUAAUAAUCAGCCAUCAUGAUUGAUCGGCGUAGUGUUGUGGAGAACCUCCGCGCUUGCCUCCUUUCCAUAAAAGGAGGCAUAUCAGUGAAGGCUUUAGACCGAGACUACAGAACCUUAGUUGGACAUAGCAUUCCGUACAGAGAACUGGGUUAUUCAUCUUUGGAACAUUUUCUAAAGACUGUUGAAGAUAUGCGAAUUUUCACUGGUUCAAAUGGUGAAUUGAUGUUUGAUACCAUCCCUAAAGAAAACACUGCUCAUUUGGCUGCUUUGGUAGCUAAGCAGAAGUCUGCACCCAAAAAACUGAAAUUUCCAUUGAAGAAUGCUGCGCCAAGCAGAUCACGAAAUUUUCCGCCAGGAAACAAGUGGAAUUCAAAAAAACCUGAAUCGAAGCCUUCCUCUAGAAGACAGCCAAUUACUGUCACACUCAGUGGAAAAGGAGCGCAGUCAAAUAAUCAGUCAAGCUCAGUGGUCCGAACGGUUCAGUCAUCUUGGACACCAGGCCGACCAGACAACUACGAAAAACCACCACGGUUUUCAAGAGGGGGUGCUAUACCUUCACAACAACCAACAGAUGCACACAUUCCAUCACUAUUUGAUAGAGCACCACCAUUGUACCCAGAAUCGCAUUACAGUUUGCCUACAGCUGUUGAUCGUGUUCCAUAUCAGUCUGCUGCAGCACCUAUUGUUUAUGAAGAAUUUUAUAUGCCCCAACAACCUAUUCCACAGUUAUGUGAAAGCUUCAGCCAGUGUGAGGUGACACCUUCUGUGUCAACUCGUGUGCGACCUCCCAUUACACCUGUACGGCCUCCUGCUGCGCCUGUGCGACCGCCUCUUACACCUGCGAGACCUCCUGUUACACCUGCGACACCUCCUAUGACACAUCUUAAAGAAACAUUGCGGAAGGCUAGAAAUAAAGUGCAACCAUCUGUCAUUAUUGAGUCAUUCUUGCCUCGCAGAGGAAGUGGGUCUGAGAAGCUAUACACAGAUAAACUGCAUGAAUAUGCUGUGCAGCAAGGCCUGGGGGAACCAUCAUACAAAUUAGUACCUCGUAAACCGAAAGGAGAACCAUUUGUUUAUAGUUGUGUUGUUAAGGUUGGUGAUGAGAAUUUUAAUAAUUAUCCUGAUGAGAAAAGUACACCAGAGGAAGCAGCAGAGUCAGUUGCAAAAUUGGCUGUACUGGAAUUAACAAAACUGAAUAAAAGCCUUUCAGCUCAGAGCGGUACUACAACUGACAGAAAUGUAAUUAUAAGAAGAGUUAGCCAGAUAGUUAAAGAUUACGAGAGUGGACUGUUCAUUACACAAGUUCCUGUGGAGUAUACAAAAAGGCAUAGUGAAUCUCUUCCUGACAACUGGGAGAAAAUAAUUAGUAACUGCCCAACCAUAUCCAUGGAUACGAUAGCAGGAAAGACAAUUCUGUGGCCAGUACAGGCUUCACAAGAAACACAGCAACAGACGACAUUCCAAAGCCAGACUGAAAGUACUAAAGUGGAGAAACAAGCAGUGCCUCCCCUUAUUGAGUUUCCAGCAGACAAGAUUUGGGAUGUAUAUGUUACGAGUGCAGUAUCUACAGAUGAAGUGUGGGUUCGCCUUAUUGGUGAGAUGUAUAGUGAUCGCUUUGAAAAAAUGGCGAGUGAAAUGGAAGAUUUCUACAGCCAAAAGAAGAUGACUGCCCUGAAUCUGAGAGAUGGUUUAUUUUAUGCCAUUGAAUCUGAUGACUGCUGGCACCGUGUAGAACUUCUGGAAGUAAAUGGAGAUGAGGCAUCUGUGUAUUACAUUGAUCAUGGUGAUGAAGACACAGUACCAUGUGAUAAGCUUUGCGUGUUGGACCCUCAAUUCGCAGCUCUACCCCAACAGGCUGUUGUAUGUAGUCUAGCAGGCAUGGAGGAGUUUCGUGAUGAUGCAUACGCAGUAAGUUUGUUGGAGAAGAUGGUAAUUGGUGGAACAUUUGUUGCUGAAGUAGAACCAAAUGCAGAAAAAGUUGCACUUGUGCUGUUUGACACAAGCACCGAUGAAGAUAUAAACAUGAACCAGUUGUUAAGUAACAAGAUACGUCAACAUCAGUUCACUCCAGAACUGCCUCAGGUGGACACAGUGAAGGAUGUUUUCAUUAGUAGUAUAGCUCAUAAUGGAGAUGUCCAUAUACAGAUGAGUUUAAAACCUCUAGAUUAUAUAACUAGUCAAAUACAAUCAAUUUUAGAAGCAGCUGUGAAUGAGUAUCUGCCCAAAGCCUCAGAAGUCAGAAGAAAAGCAGAUGACCUAUAUUUAGCUCCCUAUGCUUCAGACAAUUCUAUGUACCGUGCAAAAAUUGUGGAGGAGUACCCUGCAACAAAUGAGGCAGACAUCAUAUUUGUUGAUUAUGGUAACAUAGAGCGGGCCCGUCUUGACAGUCUUAUACUUCUGGAAAAUGUAGAUGAUGAACUGAAGAGCAUUCCACAUCAGGCAAUUAAGGUGAACAUGCACAAUUUACCAUCAUCAGUAUUCAAUGAAAAGGUUGCAAAUAGACUUCUGGAGCUUGUUCCGCAGACAGAUACUGUGCUCAUGAAAGUUAUAACACCAGGCACUGACACAGAAGCACCUACAGUGGAGCUCUUCAAACGGUUCACAGAUGAAAAACUGUUAGUGUCUAUCAACAACACACUAGCAUUGGAUCCAGACUUAAUAAGGUCAUCUGAAACAAGUUCUGGUACAGAUCCGCAACGUAAGAAACGUGCGGAACGUUCUCAGUCUGUACCAUCUGCAGGGAAAAGUCCAGAUGAACGUUACAGUGAAACUGGUGUUGUCCGCACUCCUGGAAUACCACCACCAUUAAUACCGAAAGUGAAUACUGUAUUUGAUAUUCAUGUAACAAUGGCUUCAAACCCCAGCAACUUUAUGGUACAAGCUUAUGAAAACCUUGCAGCACUUGAUGAAAUGAUGGACAAACUCCAAGAGAGGUACAAUGAAAUUGGUGGUAGCUCAGUUCCACAAAGUAUAGUUGAGGGAGAAUUUUAUGCAGUUCUUCAUUCUGACCAGCUCUGGUACAGAGGCAAAGUCAUAAGCGUUAUGAGCGAUUCAGUAAUUUCUGUGUACUUCUGCGACUAUGGUGAUGUCUCAGUCCUCUCCCGUGAAAAGUUCAGACUGCUGGCAGAUGAAUUUAAGACUCUGCCACAUCAAGCAAUAAAGGCAAAAUUAUGUGCUGUAAAACCAAUUCAUGGAGACUGGUCCGUGGAGGACUGUCUAUUGUUCCAGAGCUUGGUGGUGGAGAAACAGUUUCCAUCUUUGGUGUUGGAUACAGGUCCAGAUAUUGUAAAUCCUCAUGAUACUGUUCUGGGAUUAAAGUUAAUAGAUACGUCAGGAGAAAAAGAUUUUUGCAUUGAUGAUUUGCUUGUAAAUCAGAACCGUGCAGUACUCGUUUCCAAGGAGCAGCUUUAAAUAUGCAUUCCAAUUUAUGUCUAUGUUGCUCAGAACUUGCAUUAGGAUGCAGUUAGUAUUUAUAUCAGUGGUUGACAAAUAAUACUUGCACUGCAGAUUUCGACUGAAAAUAAUGUUGCUCACAAAACUUCCAUUAUUUAUGUUUACUUGUUAUGGUAAAUAUGUAUUGUAAUGAAGUGUGUAGUUAUUUAUUAUUUCUGUAAUGAGAAUGUAAAACUUUAUUUCCUGUUUACCCUGUUUUCAGUAUAUGUUACAUGGUUAUAACCAGUUUGUGUGGAAUAUAAUCUGACUUCGUGUUUCCAUUUUUACUGAAAUAUUGAAGGGGGAGGGGGUUUCAGAAAGAUCAGAGCAUUCUGUGUUUUGCUUGAAUCUUUAUUUCUUCAUUAAACACUUUGUCAUAACUGAAU